GUCGAAACGGUUGAUCGAAUCUGGACUAUCGCCAAAGAUGUAUAAUUUAACAUUUUCCUCUUCCUUGAACAAGGAAUCACAAGGAACAAGGGGAUACUCGACGAGAAAGCCUUUCAAAACAGCGGCGUUUUUGUUGCUUAGUUGGUCUGUAUUUUCGAUUGAAUUAAGUAAUAGUCAAUGCGACUAUUCCGUUAAAUUAACUUCUACGCAUCCCGUUCAGUAUCUUCAAUAUCAGUACUAUAAGGAGGCAGUAUCAUGUUCGUGGACAGUCACGAGCGAUUAUAAAGUUAAUUUAUCUUGUUCUGUAUUUGAAUUACCAUGGAGUGCCGAUUGCUUUCUUGACAGACUAGCUGUGCAAAUCGGUCCUUCUGCUGUACAUCGAUAUUGUGGUAAUGGAACGUUUAAUAUACAAUCUGAAUCAAACUCUAUGGUUAUAACACUGCAAUCGCCAAUCUGGUCGAAUGGCGGUCGAUUUUUUUGUGAAGUGAAAUCAUUGUCUAGACCGCAAAAUCCUGAAAACUGUUCAUGUGGAAGAAAAAAUCCCAGCCGGAUAGUCGGUGGAACUAAUGUUGGAGUAAAUGAGUUCCCUAUGAUGUGUGGUCUUGUGGAUGCCCAAUUACGAAUUGUGUUCUGUGGAGCUACUAUAAUAUCCGACAGAUACGUAUUAACUGCAGCGCAUUGCAUCAUUAAUAGAGAUUUUCAAUAUUUGGGGGUCCUUGUUGGGGAUCAUGAUUUGCAGACAGGUUGGGGAACAACGGAUUUCGGUGGUCCAACUUCUGAUAUUUUACAAAAAGUUACUGUAAGCGUACUUACGAAUCAACAGUGUUCUAAAACUUACCCGAAUGUAACUACAAAUCAAAUCUGUACCUAUGCUGAGGACAAGGAUUCGUGUCAAAUGGAUAGUGGUGGGCCAGUUUUAUGGCAAAAUCCUACGACUAGGCGACUUGUCCUGAUAGGGAUCAUUAGUCUGGGUAGAGGUUGUGCUAUUGCUGCUGGUUUAAAUACUAAAGUUGGUUCUUACAUAGAUUGGAUUGUUUCAGUAACUCAAGGUAUGACUUUAAAAUAUAUAUAUAUAUAUAUAUAUAUAUAUAAACUAAUUUUAAUCUCCGCAAUUUUAUUAUUUCAGACGCCUCGUAUUGUACCGUUGAAUAAAGUAAUUUGAUUGAUGGCUUGAUUCUUAUCAAGAAAAUCUCACACUUUUAUAAGUUUAAAAGUUUCUUAGAGAGAUGAUAAGAAUGACACACUGUGUCAGACAAGCAAUCAUCAUGCAUUGCUCUUAAAUGAUUAG